UAUGUACAAUAGAUUAGCCGAAUCGUUGACGACACAAAAAAAAAGAUAUUUGUCGAAUCGGAAAAAAAGGGAGAGGAAGAUCAGAGAGAAGGGGGAAGGGCAAAAUGGUAAAUUUGGAUAUUCCGGUUACAUUCCGGAGGGUUGCGGCGGCGUUCGACGAGGCAGCCACGCGUGCGCGCACGCCAUGCGACGAGAGUAGUGGAAGCGACCACUCGCCGGAAAACAUGGCGGAUCUCAGGGAUCUCGUCGAGUCUUUCAUGGAGAGAGACGAGAAAUCCACUGCGACGGAGACUCGUAACUCGACGGCGGAGGAGAGCGAUUCCGAGGACGGAGACGGCGUCGACGACUUCGAAGACGUGAUGGAGAGGUUACGGGGUAUUCUCUGCGGUGGAGGGGAUCACGGCGGCGAGCGGCGGAGGAUUGCGACGGAGGUGGAGGCAUUUGCUCAUGAGAUCGCCGGAGAGACGGAAGCGAGUUCUUCUAAGAGGCACUUGAUGGCUUUUCUACGUAACAAGGGCUUUGAUUCAGGUCUUUGCAAGUCUCGGUGGGAGAAAUUCGGCAGGAACCCUUCAGGCAAAUACGAGUACGUGGACGUGCAAGCCGAUCAUAACCGUUAUAUAGUCGAAACGAAUCUCGUCGGAGAGUUCCAAAUAGCUCGGCCCACGGAACGUUACCUCGCCCUAUUAGCCGAGGUGCCACGUGUCUUCGUGGGGACGUCCCGAGAGCUGAAACUCUUGGUGAGGAUAAUGUGCAACGAGAUCAGACUGUCGAUGAAGCAGGUGGGGAUUCACGUGCCGCCAUGGAGGAGGAACGGUUUCGUCCAAGCCAAAUGGUUCGGACACUACAAACGUACCGUUAACGAGGCAAUUAAGGUUAAGGGUAGCGGUUGCGAUUGCGAUCGCGAUCUGAAACCGCAUAUUGGAUUCGUAAAGACGGGUUGUAGGGAAGUGUUUAGGAGGGAGGAUGGACUUAACAUUGGGCGUUUGAUGAUUGCGUUUGGCGGCCAUGGUUGCGACUUGCAAUGAUUUUCUUGCAUUUUAGGGUUCACGUUUAAGGAACUUGUGUCACCUUGGUUGAUACGGAGUUUUUGUGGGAUGGCAUUUUGUAAGUUAAAUAGUUUUUAUUUUAUUGGUUCAGUAACCUUAAAUCCAAAUUAAAUUGAAACCA